AUGCACAACCGUCUCACCGCCGACAUCCUCACGCGGUACCGCACCCUCGUCAUGCUCGCCACCGUCCAGGCCGAGGCGGGCGACCACAACAACGCCACGCCCGAGUCGAUGGCCGUCACGGGCAUAUCCAUCAAGCUCGAGUUCGAUGGUCUCGUGCGCCGCUCCCUUUCCUACGCGGCCGAAGCUGGCGCCGUGACGCUGACUCGCCUCGUGCAGUACUCGUCCGUAAAGGAGCUCCUCGCCCUGUCCCGCCGCAUCAAGGAGCUCUGGGUCUUUGGCCCUCUCGGAAGCGACGACUCGGAUCGCCGGGCCAAGGAGGUCCAGAUGGAGCGCGACGUCGCCCACGUGGCGGCGCUCGUCAACGACAUCGACGACGCCGCCAUGAAGAAGCUCGCCGAGCGCCUCGGCGGCACCUGGCAGAGGCUGGCAAAGGGCGAGCCCGACGCUGCCGUGGCGAGCGAGCCCGUGACGGCAGCCUGA